AUGGCGACGCUGCCAGUUGAUGCGUUGCAGCGGACGGGUGACCUCCUACUUCGCUCGCGGCUGCUCGAGCUGCCUAUCGCUGUGGCCCGCGCCGCCGGCACGGCAGCGCGGUGCGAGGCCCGCGUCGUCGGCGCCAAGUUCGCGAGGUUCGAUGGGCUCGUCGCCGUCGACACCCUGACCGAGGACGACCUCCGCGACCUCGAGCUGGAGGAGCUUCUCAUCGCGGUGCCCGCCGUCUUCUUCCUGCACGACACUGGCUCGAUUGCCUCCGUAGACACUAUGACAAUCCAAGGCGCAUCGGCUUCCAGCUCUCCGUCGACGGGCAGAUCGAUCGACGGGGAGAGGUACCCCACCGACGACGAGCACGGCGGCGUGGGCAUGGGACACGACGAGGUCGGCGCAGCCCGCGCAGGAGUGGGCAGGCGGGGGCCCACGGCGAGCAGCGCCAUGGAAGCCGCAACCCCCCGCCGCGCCACCGCGUCGCACGACGACCUGCAGAGCGCGCUCGAGAGUUUCAAGCACGAGCUGCUGCAAGCCAUCGGCGGCCAACUGAGCGUCUUUUCGAGCCGCAUCGAGCAGGCCGAGAAGGGAAGCACGGAGGCCCGCGGCCUCGCUGCUGCGGAGGCCCCCCCAGACAUCCCAGGGUCACUCUUCCAGUCGGGGCCCUCCUUGAGCGUGCCGGCGCCUGCCCCCUUUGCCCCGAGCCGACCCCCCUUUCCAGAGUUCGCCCAGGGCGGCAGAGAAAGCCCCAGCGACGGCUCGCGAGCUGCUCCAGCGGGACGACGGGCCCCUCCGAGCGAGCAGGUCAGCCGCGCGGCCCCAGGGGGGAGGGCCGACCUCGACCUCUAUGCCCUCGUCGAAUCGGGCGGCCGCGCCGCGGACAAGGCCACCCAGCUCGCGAAGCCGCAGGCGCUGGAGAAGGUCGGCGGCCCCAAACAGGCGAAGGAGGACGAGCUCACCCUGGACGACCUCCUCUUCGGGGACGCAGCCUCGAGCUCCAGAGAGGCGGGCCUCGCGCCCAGGAUCAACGGCACCAGGGGGGCAGCCAGACCCCCAUUGCUCAACGGUGCCAUCGAGCGCGAACCGCAAGAGCGGUCUGCCCACGUCGAGACCGCGGCCCUCGCUGAGCCAGGCUGCAGCACCACGGGCACACCGUGGAACGCGACGCCCCGCGGCAGGCAGAGAAUCAGAUUCGGGCGCCUCGAGGACAACGAGCGCUUCUGGGAGAUGCUUGCGUCUCUUCACGCGCUGCGCACGUCGCGGCGGCACGACCUCGGCGCCCGGGCCGGCCAGCGUCUGAAGGCCACGCAGCAGACAGAGAAUGCGAGCGGCCCUCGGCGGCUGGCCCGGCCGACCACGCUGCUCGUGCCCUGCGGGCUCCCCUACGAGUGGCGCGAGAGUGGCCACCUCGCCCGCGCCAGGCCCCUCAGCUCGGAGAAGAAGUGCGACCGCAGGCUGAUGCUGACCGUUGACAGGAUUUCUUUCUUCUGCAUCCCGCAGUGGCCGGACGCCGAGGCCAGGAAGACCACCCUUGCCUUUGACCUCGGGGCCAGCGAGCUGCCAGAGCAGAGCGUCUCCUACGAGGAGGAUUGCCUCCGCUGGCGCGGCCGCGACAGGAUCGCUCCGGCCUCGGCAGUUCCCGCCGCGGAGGGCCAGGGGGCUUCGACUGCGGCCCAGAUCGCGCACCAGCACUGCCUGCGAUUCGCAGAAUGUCCUCGCAACGGGGGCGGCUCACCGAUUGCCCCGCCCCCCGCUCAGAUCGAGUCGCGGAGGGUGUCCACUCGGACGACCGCGCGGUCUUUGGCCUCCCCGAUGGUUCUGACGCUUCAGACCGAAUACAACGGGCCCCACCUCAGCGCUUCUGGCAAGGGCACCAG